AUUGGUGGUCAUUCAGGAUAUGCUUCGGGUUUUCGUAGUUCGUAUUGCAUGUCAAAGGGUUGAACAUGCUUCUAUCCUUCUGCGGCCCAUAUUUUCAUCUAUCAGAGAUGGUAUUUUGGAUCAGUCAUCAACAAGAGACACUGAAGCUUAUAUGGUCUACCGAUAUCUUACCUUUCUGGCUAGUUUAUUAGAGCAUCCGCAUGCGAAGGGAUUACUGUUAGAGGAGGGUAUUGUUCAACUGCUUGUGGAAGUUCUGGAAAGAUGUUAUGAUGCCACCUAUCCAAGUGAAAACAGGGUUCUAGAGUAUGGAGUUGUGUCCGAGUCUAGUGUGAUUCAGUGGUGUAUUCCAGCUUUCAGAUCAAUCUCACUACUAUGCGAUUCACAAGUGCCUCUCUCGUGCUGUCAGAAAAAAGAGCUGUAAGUCUUUUUUUCUGCAGGAUUGC